CAAAUUGGCAGCGGACCUCCUAAAUAUGUACCUCAAUAAUAUUGAUACGGAUGUUAUUAUCAAGACUGAUAAUGGAGAGCUGUUCGCACACCGGUGCAUUUUAUCAGCCACUUGUCCAUAUUUCAAAGAUCAUUUAGUGAAUCGACAAUAUGAAUGGAUCGAAUUGAACGGGUAUUCCCGAACUGCAGUCCAUUAUUUCAUAUCAUUUUUAUAUGGUGGCUUAACAUCAAUUGGUGAGGAUGUUGAUAUCUGGGAGCUUGUUUCCCUGGCCACUCAUUUGAAUAUGGAAAGCCUUACUCAACCAUGUGCUACCUGUGUAUCGGCGGUAUUUGAUGCUCUUCCACAAUUCAGUACGAUACGCUCUUUACAGCCCCUCUACAAAGAGGCCCUAUCCUGGCAAGCGAAACAUUUUUCGCGAAUCUGGAAAGGUCGUGUAUUUAUGCAUUUGAAUCCACAUUGGCAAAGAGAAUGUUUUGAAACUAUCGUUCAAGAACUUGAUGAGGAAUCGUUGAUAGAUGUAUUAUUGGGUUGUCAGAGACUUCAGGUAUCACUGCCACGAUCAAAAUCGAGUGCUGUAGUAGCAGAAGCAGUGCAAUGUUUGGUGAAUGAUCUGAUUGAAUACAGUCAAGAAUUCUUGCUGCAAUCAUUCGAUCUUGUGGUUGCAUCUGAAUCUUUUAAAACGCAUGGUAAAGGUUUGGCAUUAAAUCUACUUGUAUUGGAGGAUAUAUUUCCCGCAGUAAUACAUACAUUAUCAGCUGAUAUUGCGAUACAGACAUAUCUUAAUCUUGCUGAUUUGCUAAAAAUCACUGCCAGUCAACAAACAACAGUACGCAAAAAUCCUGUAUGGCAAGUUGAUCAUGAUGAAUGGAAUCCACGAUUCAUAGCAUUGGUUCGACGACUGUAUGACUUAACCGAUAAACAUUUGCUGCAUUAUGCAGCAUCUGUUGUGAAGGCUAAAACGUGGAAUUUGUUGAGUGUGGAGGAACAAUGUCGCAUACAGGAAUGUGGUUUAUUUGUGGAAAUGCAUGAAGCCAGAGCUCCACCACCGAAACUUUCAAGCCUAAACAGGAUAUACAAACGAUCAUCCAGCGCUGGUGUGGCAGCAAUCAAUGUCGCCAACUAUAAGGAAAGAACGCGAUCGUUAGAUCGAUCACGACCAUUUUCUUUGUGUGAAAAGGUAGUGGAGGAGCAUGAACCACACGAAUCACAAUGUAUAAUCGAUCCAAUUGAGGAUAAAAUACAUAGAAGAGCUCAUACUAUGAAAGAACGCACCAGUCAUUCAAUACCACGUCAAGUGGAUCGAAAUUUCAAUUUAAAUUCAAGUAAAACAAAGAUUCCACGACGAAAAGAGCGCAUUGCAGAGAGUAAAACAGGUAACAGACGAUAUUGGACAGCAACUUCCAUGAAUGAUAAUAAUUCGGCGGAAAAUGAGAAACAUCAUGAGGAUGGAAAUUUUAAGUUUUUUGAACGAAAGAAAACACAUACAGUAAUUGCAACAAUGCAAAAUCAGAUGGCCUUACCAAAUAUCGAUACAGCAGCAAAUUUAGCUGUUGAAAAGAUAGGAAAUAAGCCAAAGUCAGUAGUGAGGCCAAUGUUAAAGCAGAGCCAAGCUCAAAGCACGCCAGAAUCUGCUACAAAAGGAACCAAUGAUGCAAUAAUUCAUGGAGCGCAGAAUAAAAUGAAAUAUGGAAGAGGUCAUUCGGAAUUGUCAACAAAUAUCCCACAGCUAUCAAUGAAAUCUGUUGCAAAAUUGCCGCAGUCAUCAAAAGCGUCAUCCGUGCAAUCGAAAUCACCGCAACAACAACAACGACAACAACAGCAACAAUCACGUAAUUUAGGUGCUUCACGAAAGAUCACUUCACAUGUGCAGGGAUGA